CCGCGCGGGAGGGCUUCCGGCCAGGCCUGGGCGGCCCCUGCCCUCCGGAGACGGCCGAGGGCCUGGCGGGCCCGCGGGACUGCAGCUCACGCCCCGCGCCAGGCGGAGCUUCCGGGAGGGUCGCCGAGCUCUGCGGCCCCGCGCCGCUAAGUCCUCGGGUCCCGGACAGAGAAGUCCGGGGCGCAGACCCGCGUGGGGGCCGGGCGUCUCCCGUGGGGGGUUCGCGCUCACCUGGCUGUGGACGCGGGUGCUGCUCCAGGCAGAGGCAGCGGCCAGGGAAGUGGCCUGCAGCUUUGAUGGAGGAAGCUUGCUGUGAUAUUGUCAAAUCUCAGUUUCUGGCAGGCCAGGGACUGGAUUCUAGCGCGCGCCCACCUCACCUCGGGUUGGCUUGAGAGGACCUUGCCGCUGCCCGGCCCCCCUCCUGGACCGGUGCUUCUUCCUGGCGUGCAGAGCCUGGGCCACCCCUAACCGUGGAGAAACCCCCACCUGGGAGGAGCUUGUUGGUCAUGGCCAGAAAGAAUCAACCCUGAAGCCUUGCUAACCUUGGACUCAGAAUAGUCAUACUUUUUACCCUACAAAGAAGUAUUUGCAGACUUUAUCUCAUUGGCAGCUCUUGACAACCUUUUGAGGAUGUGAAGCUGGCGGAAAAGUAAAGCGUUGCCCUCCCUGCGCGUCCCUCCCUGUCUGCUAGAAUGUUUCUCAUGAAUGCCCCUCCAGUGGUUGCUCUCCAGUCCAAAUGGGAGGCCUUUGGUCCACCGGGGAGCUUUAGGUUUCCCGGGUGCUUCUCAGAGUCUAACGAGGGCGUCGAGAGAGCGUCGGUGAGUGCCAAGGUGCAAAUGAUCAUCAGCACUCUGCAGCGCGACGAGGUGGCCCUGGGCAUGAGCAAUGCGCGCACUGCGCAGAGAAGCCAGAAGGCAGAGAGGUGCCACGAUGCCAGGCUGGCUGCUAGCCCCACUGUGCGCAAAGAGCAGCCCGCAUUCGCUGCCUGUGGUCUUACUGCCGAGUUUGACCCCCCGGGGGAGGAGGAAGCUGCAAACUUUGGCCCCUUGGUGCUGGAUUCGGAUAGUGAUGAUUCUGUGGACCGUGACAUCGAGGAGGCCAUCCAGGAGUAUCUAAAGGCAAAGAGCGGAGCUGGGCAGGCCGUGUCCAGCGGGGCCCCACCUGGCAGGGCCCAGCCUUCUGGGGCUACAGGUGGAGGCAGUAGAUGCAAACCAGAACCUGUGCAUAGCAGCACCCCAGCUGCCUUGUGUCCCACAAAACUUGCACUUGGAUCAGGCAGUGUCCCUGGCAGCCACAUGGGAGCCAGUGAGGACCGGGGCUCUGCCUCACCCGUAAGUGUCAGCAGUGAUGACUCCUUCGAACAGAGCAUCCGGGCGGAAAUAGAACAGUUUCUGAAUGAGAAAAGACAGCAUGAAACCCAAAAAUGUGACGGGUCUGUGGAUAAACACCCAGACCCACAAGAAAACUCAGCCAAAUCAACACUUAGAUCUAACAAAGAGCCGACUGCUAGGGAUCUGAUGGGGGCCUGUAAGGAGUUCGUUUUCCGCAAACCUCCCAGGUUGGCAAAGGUGAAUGCACAGCCCAGGAGUCUCAGGUCCAAGGUUGUCACGGAGGCUGCCGCCCCCUGCCGCCCUGCAGAAACAGCACAGAGCAAGGGCGGGGCUAAGAGGGGUGCAGGCAAGAGGGGAAAGCGUGUCAGGAGUGCAGCCCUGGUGCCAGAGGCACCCGACUCCAGUAGUGAUGACGGCAUUGAGGAGGCCAUUCAGCUGUACCAGUUGGAGAAGACGCGGAAGGAGGCCAGUGGGGACCCACCGCAGAGCACCCAGCUCAGAGAGAAGGGGCCUGAGCCACCCACACACAGCACAAGCACCACCACGAAAAGUGCCUUGCCCGAGACCUAUAGGAAAACACCGAGCAAGAGGAAGCAAGUGGCCACAAGGGCCACUGACCCCAGCCUGGGGGGCCUGGACUCUGACCACCCCUCCAAGCUACCGAAGGAAACCAAAGCUUCACCUCCAGGAAACACAGCGGCCAGAGGCGAGUGUGUGGAGUGGUCCUCAUGCCGGGCAGACACGUCUGCUGAGUUGAUGUGUGCCGAAGCAAUCCUGGACAUUUCCAAGACAAUCCUGCCGGCCCCUGUACAGGGCAGUGACAGAGCCUUGUCCGCAAGCCCACUCUUCUCCCCAAAUGUGCCUUCCCGCUCUGGCGACAGCAGCUCUGUGGACAGUGAUGACAGCAUAGAGCAGGAAAUCCGGACGUUUUUGGCCCUCAAGGCACAAUCGGGGAGUUUGCUGGCCAAAGCCGAAGGCUAUCCACAGUCCGCACAGGACCCACUGGCCCCAAAUGGCGCCAACAACCCCAAAGCCCCUCUCUCUAAAACACCGGACAUGUCACUUAGCUGGAAAAGGAAACGCAGAGGCGGGGUCAGCGCUAUAAGGCCGUCCACACCCAAGCAAGCGAGGGAGGUGGUGAGAGAGAGUGCCCAGGGUUCCGGCCAUGAGGGUCAGGUCCCACCCUGCCAGGGAGGAGCCAGCGAGUCCCCAGGAAGAGAGGGCGAGGCCAGGGGCCAGCCUCUGCCCCCCAGGAUAGUCGGGCUUGGUGACACCCAAGUGUCUCCAGGCCACAGUAAGGUGGAUGAGGCAAGGAGUGUGGAUGGGAAGGAGAGCUCUGAGGACAAGAGCAGCUCACUAGACAGUGACGAGGACCUGGACACAGCCAUCAAGGACCUGCUGAGGUCCAAGCGCAGACUCAGGAGGAGGGGCAGGGACCCCAGGGCUGCGUGCAAGAAGAAGGUCCGGUUCAGCACCACCGAGACACGGUUCUUGGAUAAGCUAGGCAGCUUCCAGAGACACUGGAAGGACAGAAGCCCACACGUGUUGAAGAGCUGCCUCUCCAAGUCCAGAAGGGCCAGCAGGGAGAGCCCAGUGGGAAAGCUGCCAAGCAUCUUCAGUAGCAUAACAGAGAGGACAAAGCUGGACAGCACCAGGAACGAGGAUGCUGCCCCGGCUUUCCAGUUAAGGAGAAGAGCUGAAGGGAACCUGUUCUCCAGUGAGAUGGGAGCCCGAGAUCAGCAGCGUUCAGCCCCAAGCCCCAGCUCCCUGUCUGAUGAUAGCAGUUCAGUGGACAGCAACGAUAGCAUCGAACUAGAGAUUAGGAAGUUUUUGGCAGAAAAGGCCAAGGAGUCUGUGGGCAGUUCAGAAAUCCAAGGAGGGGGCACCACUGCUCUUGGGUCAGGGGGCCCAGCUAGGCCAGAGGUGCUGUGCAGGAAGGAGCCAGCCCCGCAGCCUGGCAUGUGCACACGGAGCCAGAGAGCCAGGGGGGCCCCUCUACCUGCUGAAGGCCUGAAGGGCGCAGAAAGAGCUGGAGCACAGAGCGCAGCCAGCCUCUUCAUCCAGGGCAGGAAGGGCACCCCCCGCGGAGAGCCCACCGCUGGCCUCCCCGGUGCUCUGGCCAGGUGCGAGCUGGCGCCCAGGAGCACCAGUGGGAAUGUCCCUGCCAAAGGGUCUCCAGUAAGUAGGAGAAAUGUUUAUGGUCACAAAGACCAGAGCCAGCGAGGGGUCAAGCCUGCCACCCCAGAAAGUGCUUUCGGUCAGCUGUCCAGCUGUGCCAGAGCUGGCACAGAGGCAGGAGGCACCGGGGGCACCUUUCACAUGACCUAUGGGAGUCCGCACCUCCUGACUCCCAGCCUGGGAGCUGAGAGGGAUGGCCGGACCCAGGCCGACCGUGCCCUGCCCUGGAGCGACUUCACCCACCAGAGCAGGCUGCCCAGCCUAUGGGCACUGAACUCGGAUGGCAGAGACUUGGCAUGGAGAGGGAGCCUUGGGAGUGAGAGAGAGAAGGGGGCCGAGGGACAGGCCAGGGGCCCACCCAGCCUGCCCUUUGCAGGCUUCUCCCCACUGCUCUCCACCCAGCUGUUCCACUUUGGAAAGAGUGUUUCCUGGGGGGGCAAGCCAGCCAGCCUCUUCAGCCCCUACUUGGGGCUGCCUCUGCAGGGCCCAGCCUUCUCAGCCUUUAGGGAGACCCAGGCCGGCCCCAGCCCCGUGUUUGGAAGCCCGCACUUGCUCAUGAAGAAGGAAGGUGGGCACUGGCCCAGCAGGAAGGCACAGGCAGGGCUCAGCUUGCAUGACAGGAGGAACUCGGGCUCCGAGGAGAACCUUCUGGACCUAAGGUACCGAGGGAGGGCCAUGGACAGGGACGACCCAGACCAGGAGGCCUUGGGCAGCGAUGCCAGCGAGUUCAGUGACACCUCCGUGGAGGAUGGGGGUGGCAGAUCGGUCGUGAAGGGCAAAGCCCUCCAGUUGUGAGUGGCUCCCUGGCUUUGUCACGUUCGUGGAAAGCAGUAUAUCUAUGCGUGUGUCUGUGUGUGUGAAUAGAUAAUACUCGUGAUUAAAAGGAGAGAAAACUGGAGUCUGUGUUCAUCGCCCUGUAUAUAUGUACGCUAACAUGAAACAAUGUUUUUAUUUAACAGGUGUGUCCUCGUAAAUAUGGUUUUUGUAGCUUUUUGUAAAUUAUUUAAAGUGAUGUAAAAAAUAUUUUUGGAAAAUAUCGUCAUCCAA